AUGGGUCAACCAGAUAGAGCAAGGCGAACAGGCACACUUGGUCAUAAUGGCAGCAUUCAAGAUCAACCAUUUCAGGUUGAUCAGGGCCGACAGAGCAUGUCCAACACCCUUCAAAAUUUAGACCCCGCCUUGGUUAGAAGAUUGGCGGAUAUGGAGGCCAUCAUCCAACGAAUCCCAGGAGUCCCGGCCCCAAUCAAGAAAAAUGCAGAGAGCUGUUAUGUUAACUCGCCCUUCGUGGAUGAGAUAGCUUUAGUGGAAAUGCCGAAGAAGUUCAACUUCCCUCACUUGAAGAUGUUUGAUGGCGUGUCUGACCCAGACGACCAUAUUGCCCAAUAUUGCCAAAGGAUGUUCACUGUGGCCAUCCCUCGUGACAUGAGGGAGGCGUGCAUGUGUAAGGGGUUCGGUUCUAGUCUAAUAGGAUCGGUCCUCCAGUGGUAUACGAAUCUCCCAAAUAACUCUAUUAGCUCUUUUGCCCAACUAACUGAUGUUUUUGUCCAACAGUACGCAAGUAGCAGGAAAUUGGAGAAGAUCUCGGAAGUCCUGUACGCCAUUGUACAAAGACAUGGAGAACCCCUCCGAGACUACAUUGGAUGCUUCAACAAGAAGAAGGUGUCAAUUACCAACUGUAGCGAGCAGACCGCUGUCACCGCCUUUCGCAAGGGUUUGUUGCCCGGCUCAGAUCUUUAUAAGACCCUCACCAAGUAUCCAUGCAAAACCAUGGAGGACAUGUUGAUCCAAGCUUGGGCACAGAUUAAGUGGGAGAAAGACCAAUACAACAUGCAGAUGGUCUUCCCACCUAGUAGACCUGAAAGAGACCAUCGAGUAGACAGGAGAUCAGGUCGUGACAGACGUGCUGAACCAUAUCCACCACCUUAUCGGCAAAGCCGAGGAAGGGAUGAGUACGAUAGGGCACCCGACAGAUGCCCCCGUGAGAAAGCAAAGAUUCCAGAGUAUGCCCUAUCCAUCUCCCCCGCUGAAGCAGUUGAAGCAUUAAAGAACUUGGAUAACAAGGUCAAAUGGCCAGAGAGGAUGAGGGCCCCAGCCGACCAGAGGGACAGGUCUAAGUGGUGUGAGUUCCACCCAGACCAUGGGCAUUGGACGGAGGAUUGCAUCACCCUCAGGUUGGAAGUGGCCCACCUACUAAAACAAGGCCACCUCACUGAUUACCUAACCGAGAAGGGCAAGCAAACCCUACAACAAGGAAGAGAUAAACAUGAUGACCAUAGAGAGGCUACACCGCCAAACCCACCACCUCAUGAAAGAACUGUGAAUGUCAUAUCUGGUGGCUCCAAAGUAAGCGGGGUCACCCAUUUAGCAGCAAAGAAACAUACCCGACAAGCGAAGUCUAACAAGGCGAAAACCAACAUGCCCUGCUAG